GAAGCUCAUCUUUGAACUGUUAGAUGCAGACCACAGCGGCAAGAUCGAUGUGGAUGAGCUGAAACGAGUCCUUCUGUCCCUCAGUUCCUGGGAUGAGAAGCAGGUGGAGGCCUUGAUUGACCAGUUCGACAAGAACAAGGACGGUGAGCUGUCCAUCGUGGAGUUCUGGAGCUGGGUCAAUGGUCAUUGAUGGCAGGUCGACAGAGAACUACCGUCCAGCCUUGCUAGAUAUGGCGGUGGCCGAGAACAAACGAAAAAUCUCCGAGACUGAGGAGCGUUUGGCCGCCUUCCGCGACCGGAAAGCUGCCGAGGAUGCCAAGGCCGCCGCCGAGGCACAGAGACAGUUAGAACGAGAGCAAGGCUUACGUUUAAGUCGAGAUGCUUUCGUCAAAGAAAAGAUGGAGGCGGGCUUUUCGAAAAAGGUCGCAGAAGAGCUGUACAGCAAAUGUGACCAAGAUCGCGAUGGUGAAGUGAACCAUCAAGACAUUGGAUGGUUGGUCUCUGACACCCUGGCCACUUUGGAUCAAGUGAAGGCAACGUACCAGAAAGGGAUCCAGAGAGAGGCAGAGGAAGUCAGUUGGAGUGAGGACUGGAAGGCCGAAGUCUCGAAGCUGCUGAAGAAGCGUGGCUUCAAAGAGGAGGAGGAAGGUUUGAAAUAUCACACGACCAAUGCAAGUGGAGAGGAGAUUGCCAUCAAGGAGAUCUUGAAGGACAAAACUGCAACACUGGAGUCCAAGUACUUCCCCAUCAGCCUUCAUUUGGAGGCCUCCAAUGUCACCGUCGCUGACUGCGAUGACAAGGGCCUGGGUCAACUGGUUGAUACCUUUUUGGCCUGGGAUAAGGACGGAGAUGGCACCGUCUCUGCCGAUGAAUUGAAGGAUGUCUUGCAGCACGUAAAUCCCAAAUUCACUGAGGUCACGCUCGCCAAGAUGAUGGGUGAGAUUGACGUGAAUGGUGAUGGUGUCAUUGACAUCCAAGAAUUUGUUUCCUGGCUCUCGGGUGAGAACCUGAAGAAGAAAAAAAUGAAAAAGAAGGCCAAGGAGGAGCAAGACGCGAAGAUUUGCUUCACACUUCACAGGAAAAGAUCGGACGAAGCAAAAGAUCAAAAGAAGUUGGAUGCUUUCAUGUCAGCUAUGAGUUCUGACGUCAAAGACUUUUGCAUCGCGUCACUCGGCAUUUGGUUCUUUUAA